UCCCUCGAUGCGCUCGCUGGCAGCGCUCUCUCUUUGCAGAGGCUGUGCACGCCGUGGGAGGCGUGUUCACCAGCGGCCUGGGAGCCGGCGAGGCUCUCCUUAGUACAGAAAGGAUGCAGGAGCAAGGGAAGCAGGGUAAUUAUUAUAAGUCGCAAGAUUUACAUUUUUAUUUUUAGGGGAAUUAAAUGUACAGUCUUACCAUCUUGCAGUUUAAUUGGAAUAGAUAUAUAGGUUUUUUUUCUUUGGACGUUAAAUUCGGGAUGGAUUACCGAGAGCAAGAAAAUAUACAGUAUAUAUAAUAAACUGUACAGCAUUUUUUAGCAGCAUAAUUUGGAAUUGCCGGCGUGCUGAGGUUUACGCUCCGGAUUUUUAAAAUAGUGUUUUUUUUUCUACUUGUGUCCGUAUUCGAAUAACUUUAAAUCCAUGGAGAAGACGACGCAGCCCCAGCUUCAGCUGACGAUGUCCAAAAACGCCGAAAGUCCAGCCGAGGAUAUAUCCAAGUUGACGGACGACGAUUUGCUGAAGUGGAGCAAGGAAGACCUGGUGCGGAGGCUGCGGAAGGCUGAGGACGAGAAGAUGAGCCUGAUGCUGGACCACAGUAAUCUGAUACGCGAGGUUAAUCGGCGGCUUCAGCAGCACUUGAACGAAAUCCGCGGAUUAAAGGAUGUGAACCGGAAGCUCCAGGAGGACAACCAAGAGCUGCGGGACCUCUGUUGCUUCCUGGACGACGACAGGCAGAAGGGGAAGAAGGUGUCGCGGGAGUGGCAGCGGCUGGGCCGCUACAGCGCUGGCGUCAUGCGCAAGGAGGUGGUCUUCUACUUACAAAAGUUAAAGGAGCUGGAGACGAGGCAGGAGGAGGUGCUGAAGGAGAACCUGGAGCUGAAGGAGCUCUGCCUCCUGUUGGAUGAGGAGAAAGGCGGGGUGGGCAGCACCCUGGUGGGCUGCCGGAACUCCGUCGACAGCCAGGGCAGCCCCUGCCCCACGGCGGCACCUGGCUCUGGGUUACCACGAGACCUGGGAGAUGGUAGCAGCACAUCCAGCGCGGGAAGCACGGACAGCCCCGACCACCUGGUCCACAAGCAGCAGCCAUUGGCGUGUUCUGGGGCAGGGAGCAGCCCAGAGCUCAUUCACAAAGUCAGGACUGGGGAGGGGUCCAUUUCCGAGCCUCUAGGGCGGCGCCGGAGCACCAGCCCCGAAUACUCCAUCCCACUGCUCCCUGCAUGCCGACCUCGCUGUGGGUCGGUUUCCACUCCCGACCACAAAGCCCUGCGGGGGCAAAGUCCUGAGAAGCAGGGUAAAUCCUGUGCAGACCGGCUGGCCCAGAAGCACCUGCUUGGGGUCGGGGCUGGGCCAAGCAGCCAGGAGGCCUUCCAGAAGCUCAGGGGCAGCAUAGGCGGCGGAUGCAGCAGCCCGGAGACCAAGCAACAGACCCUGAUCUCCACGCCGGAGCACCUACAGAAGGGACGAGUGGUGGGGAGCGGCUGCCCCGAGGUCAGGCUGUCCAGCCCCGGCAGGGAGGUGCUGCAGAGGAGGCCGGCGGGGGAGGACUCAUCACCGCACCACCGUGGCCUCUACAAUGGCAUGAACGUUCUGAUGUCGGCUGGCUGUUGCACCAACACCUGUCGAAGUGUGAAGCUUUGGGACAGUUUUGACGGAUCUUGACUUUUGCUGAGACUGGGUCCUUCUGUAGACCCGAGAAGUGGUUACCUCCUGGCCCAGCAGAGACGGGUGGUGCUCUCCAUUCUCCAUUCAACAAGCUGCAGUUUCCACUGGAUGCAAACCCAAAAAGAACCACCCCUCAUGAGAGGCAACCCCACAGGACAUCAGCAGUCGCUCCAUCCAUGUCCCCUUGUACUUUCUGCUUUAUACGUUGUGUCUCUACACAUUAAAAGCCUGCCAUCAGCAUUGUGGGAUAGACGUGGGUAUAGACCUACCUCCUUGGAGAAUAAAUCAUAUAACAAAGCAAGAGGCAAACAUUUUGCCCUUGUUGUUUACAGCAUUUACUCUACAGGAUGACUUGAACCCAUAUCUGUUGAACUUCAGAGCUGGGUCUAUAGGCGUUCAUCAGUUCUAAGAGGGUUUGGGGACUGAAUCUUCUCUCCCAAACACUAUGUGCUCCUCUCAACUGCAUGUGAACUUUCAUGUCCCGUACUGGUGUUACGUACGAAACAUCACAAACAUCUAGAUGCUCCCCUUCUACCAUACUCGGCCGCUACUUUCUAAAUUUUCUGUGAUUUUUUUUUAUUAUUAUUAUUGUUGACGGAAAUAAGUAUAUAAAACAAAGUAAAAGAAAACUUUAUGUUUUUAAGAGAUGUAAAGAGUAGUUUAACAGUUUAGUUUUCUAUAUAUAACUACUACUAUUAUUAUUAUUUUUGAUGUACUGAUAAUAUUAUAAUAAUAAUUAUUAUACCCAGAGAUGAAUGUAUAAGAUAAUAAAGUGUCUUUUUUUCUAUAAAAUGUUUGAAAGGUGCUUUUCACAUAGAGUCACAAUGUAUGGCUUUCAUUGCCUCUCCUAAAGCACAUUCACACAGAUGUACACGGGCUUACGCAAACGAAAAUGUGUUGGAAAAAAACAUGCAAGGCCAUAGUGUAGCCACUAAUCCAGUGUUUCCCAACCCAGUCCUCGGGCAGCCAGUCCACGUUUUUGCUUCCUCUCAACUACCAGCGCACCUGUACCAGGUAUUCGGUGUUCCUGAUUGGCUGGGAGCUGGGAGGGAGCAAAAAAGUGGACUGGCCGGGGUUCCCCCGAGGACUGGGUUGGGAAACACUACACUAAUCUAUGUCAAAAUGUGUGCUGGCUAUCAGAAAAGAGUGAGCUUCCAGUGUGAAGAGCUGUGUGCGCAGCCUCUGCUCCAGUGUGUUGACCUUUAAAGACACAAGAAGGUGGUAGGCCUUCAGAGGACCGUGUUUACACACCUGGCUCUGGGCUGGGGUUCGAAGCGCCAAAGCAGAUUCUCUUCAGUAAGCAUGAGUCAUUUGGCCCUGGACACCUCACCGAUAUGGUGCUAGUACAGAAACUAUUAAUACUCACCUCUUUUGUUAUAGGGUCCAAGAAAUAAUUGUGCUUGCAAAACAAUGAUUUUGAGAAAUUCGGAAUAUUGGCCUGUACACAGCUUUGUGUUUGAAACAGUUCAGCUAUAGAUUUGGUCAGGGCAGGACUACCAAAAACCAACAAGGGCUGGGAUCAAUUUUCCUUUGUUGUAGAUGUGCCUCAUCUACAUUUAGAAGUUCUCUUUGUGUGGAUAGUGGGAGCAUCUUUCAGGCCACAGGGUAGGUUAGCAUUGGAGCAUCUUUCAGGCCACAGGGUAGGUUAGCAUUGGAGCAUCUUUCAGACCAUAGGGUAGGUUAGCAUUGUAGCAUCUUUCAGACCAUAGGGUAGGUUAGCAAAGCGAUGUGGCUGAUCUUCAUGCCUCGGUCUGAAUUGGCUUCCCUUUGUUGAGUUUGCACUUCUCCAUCAAGCAAACAGUCCUCUGAUCUCUAAUUGACAGCAGUUAAUAUUUUUAUCUAUAAAUACUGAAGCUGAAGGAUUCUGCUUGGCGUUCCAGGAUUCACGAGCGCAGUAAAGUUCAGUGAUCUUUUAGAAGCAGCACGCAAACUAUAGCUCCACCAUGUCAGAAAGCGAACCAUUGGAUGCAUUCAUGGUGCUCUGUCAAACCAAAUAUCUCUAAAAAGGAGUCUAGUUAUGGAAUGAUCCAAUUAAGAUAAUGAUGCAAAGUUACAGGAAGUCAAAAACUGGUUGAAUUAUCUGGCUAAUAAAUAAGGUAGAGCAGAAAAUAAGGUAGCGCAGAAAAUACGGUAGAGCAGGAACAUUUGCAUUCCUUUCCAUACUGAUUACCCUUCAUUUGUCUGACAGUGGUGUGAAUGUUCCCUCGAGUAAAACUGAAAAAAUGUGA